AACUUCGAAUUAUUCGACGCGAGAUUCGUCUCGAAUGUUCGAGAUGUUCGAAUAGUUCGGAAGGUCCGAAUAGUUUGAAAGGUUCGAAAGGUUCGAAUAAUUCGACAGAUUUGAACUAUUCGAUAUUCGACUCGAUUUGAUUCGAACAAGAUUCGCACAGCCCCAAAAAAAAAACAGAUAUUUGAAUGACACAGUCGUUUACGAAUUUCGCGCGAAAAAUUUUCUUAAUUAUGUCAAGUAAUGAGAACUUGUGUACUGGUUUAAUUAAAUUAAUGGGUCCAGAUAAUUCACCGAAUGACAUUGAUGAUAACACUAAAUAAAUAAACAAAUAUUAAUUAUCAAAAGUAUUAUUUUCUGUGACUGUAUGCAGUGUUGCUUAAUCCGGUGUGCUAAUUAUUAAGACCAAUACUCUGUUUUCUACAUUUUCUUGUUUCCGAGACCUUUGAACUGGGUAUUAAAACAUAUCAAAAACAACAAAGUUGAUAAUUACAUUAUUCAUUUCAAAGAAGUUAUGUUUAAGAGCAAUUACUAAUUGACAACUUGUGUGCAUGUGAGCUUAUAAUCGGCUGCUUCGAGCUAAAGUAUUAUCAUUAUUUAAAAUGAGAUUUUUACGGCGAAAUGGAUAUGGAUUGAUAGACGACAGUGUUGAAGUGCCGUUUGAAAAUAGCUCGACUCGGUCACAUUUAAAUCCACAAGGCACUACGGUGAUAGGAACAAUUUUUCUGCUUCUGAACGCGACAUUAGGAGCUGGGUUGUUAAAUUUUCCCCUGGCAUUUGAUCGUUCCGGUGGAGUGAUAUCGGCAAUAAUAGUACAGUUAUCAUUCCUAGUAUUUAUCACAAUUGCUCUGGUGACCCUUGCAAAUUGCAGUGAUAUGACGAAGACAUCCUCAUUGCCGGACACUGUUGCUGGACUGUGUGGGCCUAAAACCUUGAUAUUAUCGGGAAUCUGUGUCACUAUUUAUAGCUUCGGAUGCUGUCUUACAUUUAUAAUUGUUAUUGGUGAUCAAUUUGAACGCGUUUUAGCCACUUACUAUGGAAUGGAUUUUUGUCACCACUGGUUUUUAUCACGGACAUUUAUCACAUGUGUUACCUGUACACUUUUUAUUCUGCCGAUAAGUUUUUUUAAGCGACUGGACAUUCUCAGCUACGUCAGUUCCGUUGGAUGCAUUACUAUCGUCUAUGUGAUAUGGGUAAUUAUUCACCAGAGUGUCAAUACACUAGAUUACCCAAGACCGACCCAAGCAUGGCCGCGAAAUGUUUCCCAAGCAUUCCAAUUAGUGCCAAUUAUUUGUUUCGCUUAUCAGACUCAUAUGACUUCAAUACCAACGUACGCGUGCAUGAAAGACCGCAAUCUCUAUAAAUUUACUUGGUGCGCGGUACUGAGCAUGGGUUUGUGUUUUUUAUCCUACACGAUAGUCGGCAUUUUCGGCUACAAGACCUUCGGCGCGGGCCACGUUCCCAGUGACAUUUUGCAAGGAUACGACGACAAAAGUCCCAGUCUCGCGAUAGCGAUAAUUGCAAUUGCUGUUAAAAAUUUCACCACAUACCCGAUAGUGCUUUUCUGCGGGCGCAAUUCGCUGCUGGGUUUAUUUCGCGCGGACCUCGAGGAUAACGUCACAGUGAGAGCUAUCGUGACUCUAGUGUGGUUUAUUUUGACAUUGUUCGCAGCAGUUGUCAUCUCGGACAUAUCACCGGUCAUAAAUCUAAUGGGAACUCUUUCAGCGACGUUUAUAUUUAUUUUUCCCGGUAUUUGUUUGCUGCAGAGCGUCUUGGUCAAAGAUCCUGCAAUAUAUUUAAACAAAAGCCGUUUUCUUGUCGUUGUCGCCGUAAUAAUGACUGCUCUAGGUGGAUUUGUUUGCGGUUUAGUGUUAGUACAAGCGUUUGAAGAUCUAUACCGAGUUCCGGUUGACAAAAAAUUUGUCACGGGAUUUAGAGUAGAUCUCGGCAGUACUCUGUGUGUUUUAAAAUGAAGACUGUUGAUAAUUUUAU